GGUCGGGGGAGGAAGAGGAAGGAAAAUGGAAGGGAACAGAGACGAAGCAGAAAAAUGUAUUACUAUAGCAUCCAAAGCUUUGGAAGCUGGAGACAAAGAGAAGGCUUUGAAGUUUCUCAAUAAAGCAGAGAAACUCUACCCGACUGAGACAGCCAAGGUCUUAUUAGAUGCGUUGACAAGGAAUGGGAGCUCGGCGGGGAAUGGUGCGUAUUGCAGGAAACCAACAAAGAAUUCUGAAAGCACCAGUGCCCCACCAAACGGGGACAGCCAAGACUCUGGAGGAGUAGGAGAGUCGAAGGGCUACACCAAAGAGCAGGUUGAGGGUGUGCAGAGAAUAAAACGAUGUAAAGACUACUAUGAAGUACUGGGUAUCAGUAAAGAAGCCAACGAUGAUGAGUUGAAGAAAGCGUACAGGAAACUGGCGCUCAAAUUCCAUCCGGACAAAAACCAUGCACCUGGAGCAACGGAGGCCUUUAAAAAGAUUGGAAAUGCAUAUGCAGUACUUAGCAACCCUGACAAAAGACGGCAGUAUGACCUGACGGGAGGAGAGGAGCCCAGCAGUCCAGGUCAUGCACAUGGAGGAGGGUUUGACUUCCACAGGGGCUUUGAGGCUGACAUCACUCCUGAAGACCUCUUCAACAUGUUCUUUGGAGGCGGCUUCCCCUCUUCGAGUCCGCAUACCUUUACCAAUGGCAGGGCGCGCUACAGCCAGCAGACGGAUCAGAGACAAGAGAGGGCGGAGGAGAGGGGAGAUGGUGGCUUCUCCAUGUUUAUCCAGCUGAUGCCCAUCGUGGUCCUGAUCCUGGUCUCAAUCCUGAGUCAGCUGAUGGUGUCAACUCCCCCCUACAGUCUCUACUCUCGUCCAUCGACGGGUCAGACCGUAAAACGUCAGACAGAGAACCUUCGUGUCGACUACUAUGUCACCAGAGAUUUCAAAUCGGAGUAUAAGGGCUCAGCACUGCAGAAGAUUGAGAAGAAUGUUGAGGAAGAUUAUGUGUCAAAUAUCAGGAAUAAUUGCUGGAAGGAGAGACAGACAAAAACAGAUCUGCUGUAUGCUGCCAAAGUGUACCGAGAUGACCGUAUGCGUAAGAAGGCAGAACUCAUGACCAUGGAUAACUGCAGGGAACUGGACAGACUAAAUGAUCUGUUCAGAGGUGGAUGAGCUGGCUACACCUGGACACUUUUCAAUCCGAUAAAUAUAUAUGAAUAAUAUGUAUGUACAUGUUUUGAAGGAAAAAAAAUCAGAGCUAGGAGCAAAAACACUAAAGUACUACUAUUACUGUCAAAGUUCUAAGUUGUCUCUCCCCCCAUAGUCCUCUCUCUCUCCCUCCUUCCUCCAAUACCACCCCAAGAAUCACUUUGUUGCAUCUAUGUGAGCCCUAAGAACCAGGGACCCCCCCUUUUCUCCUGUACUUGAGUUUCCUGGAAGUGAGAAGGAAAAAAGGACACUUGAUUGUAAAGCUGAACAUCGUCGCACUUUGACUGCAUCCGGUGGUGAGAACCCAAGAGACAUUCUCCAUAAUCAACUCAAUCAUCAGAAUGAACUGUGACAUUCGCAUCAGCUUCCUGAUGUUAAAAUAUCUUGGAAAUUAUGUGGGGUCGUCCAAAAUUGUGGCCCUUCCCCUUGAUCGAUAAUAAAUCCAAGAGAAUCCAGAAGAAAUCCACCACAUGCCACAUGCUUACCAGCUUCCUGCUCACGUCAAGGUUUGGAUGAAGUUACAUGGAUCAUGAACAGCAUUUUUUUUUUUUUGCUACCAGAGAACAUUUUGUGUUGUCCGCUCCAAGACGUUAAGUUAGAGACUUACACAGAGGGACAUUAAAAUUAUUGUUAAUAAACUGUUGUACAUUUUCAUUUUUGAAUGUUUUAAGUUUCUGACAUUAUUUAAGUAACUAGAGAAAUAAGAUUUUUUUUCCUCUUGAUGCUGAACUAAUCAUUUGA